CUCACACCCGCUCCUGCUCUCCGCAUGUGCCGGCUGUGGACCAGCGGAGGACUGCAGGGACGGGACCAGCGGCACCGGGACGAAGACGAACCGGGAUGAAGUAACGGUCCGCUGCAACGAGGGGAAAACGACAUGAGGAAACCACGGCUCUCCACGGAGGAUUUGCUUUCUCGUGAAACGUAGCAUUUUUGCUCCAUCCGUCACGCUGCUUCAUCCGGGCCGCCGUGAAAUGGACAUUAUGGUGUGACUGAGGGAGUCAGCGAACAGAUGACUCACAUAUGACUCACAUAUGAUAGAUGAUGUAACAAUGUGAGUCUUCUCGCGGUCCAUGGAGCUAAUUGGACCGACGGAAAGGGAGAAAGGGAUUUUUCUCAUACGUUGACUUGGCCAAUGUCCAAACAAGUUACAAUCUCAGGCAGUGGCGGGGCAAUGACCUAAUUCAGAUGAAAUGACGUCAUACUGAUAAGUAGCUGGGUGAUGGAACAUAAUCACAAAUGGACUCUUAUCAUCGUGGCUGGAGUGUGUGAGGUUACAUGAUACUUCUGUGUGUGUGUGUGUGUGUUUAACUCAGAGGAGUGAGUUUUGAUGCUUCAUGCAGCGAUGUUGCGGCGUGGCCUGCUAGCCUGGGUCUCCCGUGUUGGAGGCGUGCUGGUGCUCCUUUGCUGCUCCCUGUCGCUCCUCUAUGUGAUGACCUGCAGUCCGCCGCACUCUGACGACCCUCCGCUGAGCCAUGCUCUCCCCCGUGCUGGACCCAACCACCCUAGCCUCGGGGGCACGGGGCCGGGGAUUGGAGCGGGAGCCGUUGGGACAGGAGGAGCCCGAAGCGGUGGCCCCACCGGUGUUCAAUCUUAUCAGGUGCUCCUCCAAGAGCGCGAGGAGCAGCACCACCUCCACAUCUCCUCCUUGAAGAAGCAGAUAGCUCAGCUGAAAGAUGCCUUGCAGGAGCGUAGCCAGCAGCUGAAAGGAGUGCAGGAGAGUCUGAAGAGAGCCACCGGGGGCCCAGCGGGAGGACAGGAAACUGGGUCACAGGGAGGUGGUCUCGGGGAGGCCCAGGGAGCCAAGAGCCAGCAGGCCGACCUCCAGGAGUUCCUGUGGAGCCAGCUGUCGAAGGCCGAAGUCACCGCCGGAACUCGAUUGCCCAGCGAGUACGCAGUGGUGCCCUUUGAGAGUUUCACCCUGCAGAGGGUGUACCAGCUGGAGAUGGGGCUGACGCGUCACCCCGAGGAGAAGCCUGUGAGGAAGGACAAGAGAGAGGCGCUGGGGGAGGUGCUGGAGAUGGCCCUGCACAGCCUCAACACGCCGUCGUCCCAGCAAGACAGCAGGAGUGCAGCAGAAGACACUCAAACAAGCAAAGUGUACGCACCGUCCGACUUCAUAGAAGGUGUCACCCGAACAGAGAAGGACAAAGGCACCCUGUACGAGCUGACCUUCAGAGGGGAGUCAAGUACUGAAUUCAGACGCCUGGUCCUCUUCCGCCCCUUUGGACCGCUGAUGAGGGUGAAAAACGAGAGGGUGAACACGGCCAACAUCCCCAUCAACAUCAUCGUGCCGCUGUCCAGGCGCACAGACAAGUUCAAACAUUUCAUGCACAACUUCAGGGAAGUCUGUGUGCGUCAGGACGGCCGGGUCCAUCUGACCGUGGUGUAUUUUGGGAAGGAACAGAUGAGCGAAGUCCGCAGCACUCUGGAGAACACAUCCAGGGAGGUUCAUUUUAAGAACUUCACUCUGCUGCAGCUGGACGAGGAGUUUUCUCGGGGUCGGGGUCUCGACGUCGGGGCCCGAGCCUGGAAGGGAGGCAACGUGCUGCUCUUCUUCUGCGACGUGGACAUCUACUUCACCGCUGACUUCCUCAACACCUGUCGACUCAACACGCAGCCCGGUAAAAAGGUGUUCUACCCGGUGUUGUUCAGCCAGUACAACCCCACUCUGAUCUACGGAAGUCAGGACCACAUCCCCGCCGUGGAGCAACAGCUGGUGAUCAAGAAAGACACGGGUUUCUGGAGGGAUUUUGGUUUCGGCAUGACCUGCCAAUACAGGUCCGUCAUCAACAUAGGAGGUUUUGACAUCGACAUCAAAGGCUGGGGCGAAGAUGUCCACCUGUACAGGAAGUACCUCCAUAGCAACCUCCUGGUGGUGCGAGCGCCGUCACGAGGCUUGUUCCACCUGUGGCACGAGAAGCAGUGCGCCGACGAGCUCCCUCCAGACCAGUACCGCAUGUGCAUGCAGUCCAAGGCCAUGAACGAGGCCUCGCACGGCCAGCUGGGGAUGCUCUUCUUCAGGCACGAGAUUGAAGCUCACCUCCGCAAACAGAAACAACAGCAGAACUCAAACCCAAAGAAGUCGUGAGCACUUCAAGAUGGUGGAAUUAUAAUCACCGCAAUGACUGCAAUCCGUGGAAGUGACUCGGAGGAAUCCAACUGAACUACAAUCCGAUUUUUGAAGGAAUAUGUCAAACAUUUUUAGAAAACAAAGAGUCAGACUGAUAACACUCUUCUGUCUAAAUGUAGACCUGGAACCAGCGGAUGGAUUAGCUUAGCUUAGCAUAAAGAAGGUGAAAAAAAAGCAGCCUACGUUAUAUCUCUAAUCUGUAGAAAAAGCAAAUGUAAAAAUGCAUGUAGGACAAUUUCUUGGUGGAAAAAGUCACUGCAAAUAUUUUUGUUUUCUUUGAGGCAAUUGUGUCCCCCUCUGUUUCCUGUCUUUGUGCUAAGCUAAGCUAACUGUCUCUUUAGCAUACAAAUACAAGAGCGGUAUCAAUCUUCUCAAAUAACCCAAAAUGUCAAACUAUUCCUUUCAUGAAAAAAUGAAAAUACUUUUUUUACUUUUCAAGGACUCGGGGCACUCUGUUGCUCUGGAAAGGACAACAUCACAUUAAGAUGAAUUCAAACUGACUUGAGGAACUGGAGGUGGACAUUAAUCAACAGAGUCUCCUGUCUGAAACGUCAGCAUGAAAUGUAAUGUCCAUUUUGUAUUUUCCUCUUUAACUGCAGGAAGGCCUUUUUAGAAAGAAAAGACUCUGGGUCGCGUGCCUUCUGUGAAUUAAACCUGAACUCUACCUGUUCAGACUGGCCAGCGAAAAUGAAACAUACAUGUUUUUAUGUGUAGUGAAACAGAGCCACCUAGUGGACUGAAAGUGAAACAUGUCAGUGCAUGAACAAUGAAGGACUCUUUUUAAAGCCUGGAAUGGCCAAAACAUAUUAUUUUUUAUAAAUUAUUCUUUCCUUUAUUUAUGUUUGUUAUUCCAUAGUUUAUUAUUUCUGAUGCAAUUGCUGCAUGGACAGUAUUAUGUGACCAUUCAACUCUAUAAUAAAUGGUGCCGAGUCAAAGACAAACGUGCUAGGAUCUAUCUCGAGAUGGAUAUUCGUUCUCAAUAUGAGAUGUAUGUAACUAUGCCCAAAAUAUAACUAAAGAUAAAUAAAUUUUUCAAAUCUAUAAUUUAAAGAAUAAGAAGACUAAUUUGUGUUUUUUGUCACAUAACUCAUUUAUAAUUAGGAUCAGGAUUACUGACUGGCAGUAAUACUGCUCACUUUCCGGACAUUGACGAUGACUUAAUAAGUCAGAAUGAGACUUAUUGAUUUUAAUAUUUUUGUUUCUGUCAAUCAAAUUACAUUACAUGUAUUACUGAGCAGUCACAGAAACUGGAGACGUUGUAGAUUUAGAGAUAUAACUGCCUCAAUGGUUACUUAUAUUAGAUUUAAUACAGUCUCCCAUAAAUCUGGCUCCAGCACUUCAAUCAAAAGGAGCUGUCUAUUUGGUGGACCAACCAAAGAUGUGAAAGAGGCACUUUAUAUAUUGUGUUUUCAUUGUUUGCCUAUGAAACAUUCCUUUUUUUUAAAAAUACAUUGAAUGCUUUUGAAGUGUAAGUUUCAAGUUUAUUUUUUCAUUUCAUGUUGAAGAGUUGAAUAAAACAUAUUUGUGCAUUGAA